CCCUCCCUCCUCCUCUGCCCUGAGCAGGGCGCGUACCUGGUCCCAUGCCCAUCCUGAGCGGCCUAUUUAUUCCGCGGCCGCACAGGCCCAUAUUAGGCGGUGCCGGUCCGUCAGGCCCGUCGCCAGCCGCCAGCGCCCUCGGCCCGCGCCCUCCAGACUCCGGAGCGUCCUGACAGCCAGGAGCGUCCUGACAGCCACCGGGCGGCCUCUGCGGAGGGAGCCAGGGGGCCAUACCCCAAGCAGGGGCAGCACCGCGUAAGAAUGUUAUAAGACAUCUCUGUUGCUUUGUGAGUAAUCAGACAUGCAAAUAGCCCCUCAAGAAUCAAGCUAAACUUAAAGACGACUUACUUAGAAACACGGGAGAGUGUAUCAUGGAGUUCAGACUUGAGGGGAAAGAAAAAUGCCAACAUAGCUUGAAUUUACUGAAUAAAAUUAAGCACAUGAAAGAAUUAGCGGAAAUGGUCGAUGUAGUACUCAUAGCAGAAGGAGAGAGAUUUCCUUGCCACAGAUUGGUCCUGGCUGCCUUUAGUCCUUAUUUCAAAGCCAUGUUCACCUGUGGACUAAUUGAAUGUACUCAGAGAGAAGUGGUACUCUAUGACAUCACAGCAGAGAGCGUGUCAGUUAUAUUAAAUUAUAUGUACAGUGCAGCAUUGGAGAUCAAUAAUUCCAAUGUACAAACUGUAGCUAUGGCUGCCUACUUUAUGCAGAUGGAAGAAGUCUUUAGUGUGUGUCAAAAAUAUAUGAUGGACCACAUGGAUGCCUUCAACUGUGUAGGUAUCUAUUAUUUUGCAAAGCAGAUUGGAGCUGAAGAUUUAUCUGAUCAGUCGAAGAAAUAUUUAUAUCAGCACUUUGCGGAGGUGAGCUUACAUGAAGAGAUACUCGAACUUGAAGUGCACCAGUUUCUGACGCUUAUUAAAUCAGAUGACCUUAACAUUUCCAGAGAGGAGAGCAUUCUGGACUUAGUUCUGAGGUGGGUAAAUCAUAACCAAGAAUUGCGCAAAGAGCAUCUUGUUGAGCUUUUGAAGCAAGUCAGAUUGGAGCUUAUAAAUCCUUCUUUCUUAAGACAAGCCCUAAAGAGGAACACGAUGCUUCUAUGUGAUGCCAAUUGCAUUGACAUCAUUCAAAACACAUUCAAAGCCUUCAAGACACCCCAACAACACCCUCUAAACCUUCGCUACGGCAUGGAGACGACUAGUCUUUUGCUUUGCAUUGGCAAUAAUUCUUCAGGAAUCAAGUCAAGACGUAGGAACUAUGGGGAUGCCAGUUUUUGUUAUGACCCUGCAUCACGGAAGACCUACUUUAUCUCCUCCCCCAAGUACGGGGAGGGUUUAGGAACUGUGUGCACUGGUGUUGUCAUGGAAAACAAUGCUGUAAUUGUGGCUGGAGAAGCAAGUGCCUCUAAACUCUCUAGACAAAAGAACAAGAAUGUUGAAAUCUAUAGGUAUCAUGAUCGAGGAAACCGGUUUUGGGAAAAGUUAUGCACCGCUGAAUUUCGAGAGCUCUAUGCUCUGGGCAGUGUCCGUAAUGACCUCUAUGUUAUAGGAGGACAGAUGAAAAUUAAAAACCAGUAUCUCAUCACAAACUGUGUCGAUAAGUACUCUGUAGAACGGGACAGUUGGAAAAGGGUGUCCCCCCUUCCACUGCCAUUGGCCUGUCAUGCUGUAGUGACAGUGAACAACAGACUUUAUGUGAUUGGAGGCUGGACCCCUCAGAUGGAUCUUCCUGAUGAAGAACCUGAUCGAUUAAGCAACAAACUGUUUCAGUAUGACCCCAGCCAAGAUCAAUGGACAGAGCGGGCGCCCAUGAAGUACUCUAAGUACCGAUUCAGUACAGCUGUGGUCAACGGUGAGAUUUAUGUCUUAGGUGGAAUUGGCUGCGUGGGUCGAGAUAAGGGCCAGGUUCGAAAGUGCCUUGAUGUGGUGGAGAUAUAUAACCCUGAUGGGAACUUCUGGAGAGAGGGCCCACCUAUGCCAAGUGCCAUGCUUUCUCUUCGAACCAAUUCUACCAAUGCCGGAGCAGUGGACGGGAAGCUCUAUGUCUGCGGGGGAUUCCAUGGAGCAGAUCGCCAUGAGAUUAUCUCCAAAGAAAUAUUGGAGUUGGACCCAUGGGAAAAUCAGUGGAAUGUUGUUGCCGUCAAUGUCCUCAUGCAUGACAACUAUGAUGUCUGCCUGGUGGCCAGAAUGAAUCCUCGAGACCUCAUCCCCCCGCCUUCAGAUUUGGUGGAAGAAGGCAAGGACCACUGAGGUCAGCAUUAGAACCUUCUGUUGUGUCUGCAAAGGAGACGUUAGGAAUGGAGAGAGCUCAUGGGCAUCCAUACAUGUGCUUUGCAUGCAUAGUGGCCCAUGUGCAAAGCAGCUUGUGCUGGACACUGUGAGGGGGAGUGUGCAGAGUCCACCCUCAGGGACCCCACUUGGUUAGGGUGGACAAGACAUUACAAAGACUGAAUGUGGUGAUGUCACAAGAGGAGUACAGGGUGAGAGCCACAGAAGUGCAGGGGGUGGAGGAAUCUCACUCUGCUGGGGACUCAAGGACAGUAUUGCCAAGAAGCAGGCCUUCAUCAGAACCUUGGAGGAUGAGGAGGAAGCAGUCCCAUGUGUGCAAUUUGAUAGCGAGAUCACAGAUAGCUGAGUGAAGGCCAGAGGUGGGCCAGGUUGCCUGGACCACUGCCUUUCCUAUAAAGGCUAGAAAGGUAGAUCAUAGCUAAAUGACCAACAUUUGGAAGACCAAGGACUUUGGACCUAGUCUCUAAGCAGGGAAAUGAUCUCAAAAUAGUGGUGUGAAGGAAGACAUAUCUUUGUACUCUGUUCUGGCUUCAGUCUUAUAAAGACUGUCUAUUCUCAUGCAGAAUACUCUUCUGCUACAGAAACAUUGUCCAAAAAAGGGCUAGCAGUGGACUGACUACAAGUUCCUAAGAGCCCAGGCACUCAAGCCAACCACAGUGAGCAGAGGAAUUCCACCCUGGGUUGGGUCUGUGCCAGUGAAGGAGAUAUGGGGUUCUGUAGCCAUGGUCCGCUCUUGGGUUGGUACAGAGGUUCCUAGAUUGGACUUACCCAAGCUGCCCUUGACUAGUUCUCAGACACACAAGGCCUUCCACAGGCUGGUCCUGGCUGAACACACCUGGCCUACACCACCCAAUCCAGGCACUGACCAGUCUCUGGAAUAAAGAGAGGAAGCAUACCCCUUUGGCAGCCGGUUGCCCUCUUGGGCCCAGUCUUUGCACUAUCGUCCCCAAGGUUGAAGGGGGAGGAUGGAACCUCCUGCUUCAGCCCACAGUUGAGCAUAGUUAGAAAACAGCCACUCCCGAAACACAUCUUAGGGAUGACAUUUAAACAACAUCAAGGAAAUCCAUCUAUUUUAUUUACCUUCUAUACUUCUGGAAGCACAGUAGAUUCAAAGAAUGCAUUUUGAUCCCUGAUCUUUGACAUCUUCUCCAGAGUUUCACCUUACACAGGCUCUCUUAAGUAGGAGUGGUUAGUAAAUUCCCUAGAACUUUGUCACAGGCAGACAUUCUUAGAUGAGUAUAGCUCUUCUCUGGUAUAGAGUUGUGUGACUUUUGUGACCUCUAUUCCAUGUCCCCAGGUUCUAGCUGUUAAACCAGGCAGGAGAGAUGGGUCCAUGGAUAUGAGCCAGUUGGAAGCCUACUUCUGCCACCAUGAAGGGGGGCCCAGUUAGACCCAAGGUAGGUUGUCCCCUAGUAGGCUAGACAGGGCAGGAGCCAUGUCUGUCUCUCUUGCAGUUGCACCCAAGUGCCCACUGAAGUGCCUGGCACAUAGAGGUCUUUAGGUGACCCGCACAAAGUAGCAGUUCUCAGUCUGAGGGCUUGGUCUCUGAGCAUUUCCAGGAAUCUGAGUUAAAUGAGUUCAUUCUUCUCCCUGCUGGAGGGUCUUCUAAUCCAUGGAUUCUUUUUCUUGCCGAAAAGGCAGAGCAGUUCUUCCCAGAGGGCUGUACUGGCUGGUGGUGUUCAUGGUUGAGGAGCACCCCCACAGGCCUCUGCUUGCCUAAGCUCCUCUUAAUGGGACCCCUGCACCUGCUCCUAUUUAAACAUAGAAGCUGUCACAUUUCCCUGGAUCAAGGAGGCCUUGCUAGCGUGUCAUGACACAUUUCUAGAUGCAUUGGGUUUCAGAUCUAAGCUUUAGUCCCAACUCUGCUACUUAGCUAGCUGUGUGAUCUGGGGCAAUGUAACCUUUCUAAUAAUGCCUUAUUUUCCUCAUAUACAGAAUGGGAAGAAAAAUGCCUUAUAGGGUUGGUGUGAGGAUUGAGUGAGAAAACGCUGACCAAAGUGUGUGUAAGAUACUAAAACAGUAAACAUUUAUUAGCUGCCAUUAUUAUUAUUAUCAUUACUGUUGCACUCAGCAUUUCCCAAAGCGUGGUGCCCAGAACAGCCCAGUGCUUGAGUGCAAUCCCUUGGGAUUCUAGGGAGAGAUGUGGAUGUGGUUUGAGAUAGCUCUUAAUUUCCCAGACCCAGCCUUUUGGCUCCUCCAUAUGGCAUGCUGAAACAAACAGUGGUUUGCUUUAGUGUUUUCUUAAACUCUCGUGUUUCUUGACUGACUUUCACAUUUGUAAUUCAAAACUAGACACUUCUGCCCUCCUGUUGUUACAUAUUGGUAGAGAUUCAUCUUUGAAACAAGGUUUUCCUAUCGAUCCUUUUUCACUUUAACUGAAUGCUGUCCCAAUAGCACAUGGAGGGCUCUUAGAAAACUUUGGCUGUUUGCUAGUUCUCCUCUUUAUGAAGCAGAAUUGUUUGACACUGAGCAAUGGGACCUAAAAGGGAAGUGAUCUGGAUGCUGAGGCUGAGAGAAGACUGCAGCUGUCAAGCACACCCCCGUUCAGUGUGUGUUCUUAAAGAAAGCAUCAUUGUUCUCUCUGAUUGACUUUAUAAUGAGCAAAUGCUUUGAAUUUGAACUUGCAAAAUUUUACCAAUAAACGAUCACCUUCAUCUUGUUUUUCAUAUUGCAAA